UGCAGUAACUCCCAUUUCAACGAUCCUCAAUACGAGCUACAGCGAUUUUUCCAAUGGCAAAUAGGUGCGUUUGGUGAACGUGAGAUGCGGUAACUUUUGCAGUACAGUAGAGUUUUCUACAACACAAGAGCGAUCAAACUAGACAACAUCAGUGUUUUCAUCGUAGGCGAGUGGACGGUACGCCAACGGCACGAUGGACUUCCAGAACCGCGCUGGCGGGAAGACGGGGAGCGGCGGGGUGGCCUCCACCUCGGAGACCAACCGGGACCGGCGGGAGAGGCUCCGACAGUUGGCACUGGAAACCAUCGAUCUCAACAAGGAUCCAUAUUUUAUGAAGAACCAUCUGGGGUCGUACGAGUGCAAACUGUGUCUCACUCUUCACAACAAUGAGGGAAGUUAUCUUGCACAUACCCAAGGAAAGAAACAUCAGGCAAACUUGGCUCGACGUGCGGCAAAGGAAGCUAAGGACUCUCCUGCACAGCCAGCUCCUGCCAGAGACAGGGUGGAAACAAAGAAGUUUGUCAAGAUUGGCAGACCAGGUUACAAAGUUACUAAACAAAGAGACCCAGAAACAGGACAACAGAGUCUGCUGUACCAGAUUGACUACCCUGAGGUAGUGGAGGGCAUCUCCCCACGACACCGCUUCAUGUCUGCGUACGAACAGAGAGUAGAGCCCCCUGACAGACGCUGGCAGUACCUCAUCUUCGCAGCGGAGCCUUAUGAGAACAUCGCCUUCAAGAUCCCCAGCAGAGAGGUUGAUAAGAGUGAAGGGAAGUUCUGGACUCAGUGGAACAGGGAGACAAAACAGUUUUUCCUACAGUUUCACUUCAAGCUGGACCCCAAACAGCAGCCGAGUGUACCCCCCUCAGGCCCUCCCCAGACCGGCCCUCCAUCCGGCCCCCCGCCUGGCCCCCCACGCAUGCCGGAACCCCCUGCCAACAUGGCCCCUCCAGGGGGACCCAGGGGGCCACCCCCUCCUUUUGGGAUGCAUCCGGGGAUGUUCCAUCCCAGGGGGCCUCCAGGGGAGGGGGGACCCAGGGAUCCAAACAUGCCCCCUGGGUUCCAUGGCCCACCCAGAGGCUUCAUGGGCAUGCACCCUGGUCAGCAAGGGGUUCCCCCUAGCUCCCAGCCUGGGCCGCCGACCAGCCAACCUACGGGACCACCGGGUGGGCCACCCAACAUGCCGGGACUUCCUCCAGGCGCACCUCCAGGGGGCCCACAAGGAAGGCCGCCUAGUCUGCCUCCUGGUGCCCCCCCUCCCACAGGCCCACCUCCCACAGGCCCACCCCCCAGUGGCCCACCCCCGGGAGCCCCCCCACCAGGGGCACCCCCAGGCGGCCCUCCCCCUCCCGCACCCCCCAACCCUGUCCCCCCUCCACCCACCAGAUAG